UUGCUCUAUAUACACACACAUACAUGAAAAGAAAAAAGGAUAAAAAGCUUAUCUCUUCUUAGAAAAAAAUUAAGUACAGUAAUGGAAAUCUGGUUUAUCAUCGUGGUCACUCUCUGCAUCACUUUCUUCCUCAAAUCUCUCUUUAAUCUCAUCUCUCCCAAUUCCAAAUCCAAGAAACUCCCACCAGGACCCUACAGUUUUCCAGUGAUCGGUACCUUAUUAUGGGCAGGAAGGUCUUUUGCCGACUUAGAACCACUGCUCCGUAACCUCAAAGCCAAAUAUGGUCCUCUCAUAACCCUCAAUAUUGGGUCACGUAACGCCAUAUUUGUAGCCAGCCACUCUUUAGCAUACCAAGCUUUAGUCCAACAAGGCUCUGUUUUCUCUGACAGGCCAAGAGCUACGAUCCUCAACAGUAAUCAGCGUAACAUAAGUUCCUCCCCUUAUGGCCCGACGUGGCGUCUUUUUCGUCGAAAUCUGACGUCAGAAAUACUCCAUCCUUCUCGUGUCAAGUCAUAUUCUAAGGCCCGAUCAUGGGUACUUGGUAUCCUCCUUCAACAGCUUCGUAACGCACAAGUUGAUUCUGUGAAGUUAAUUGAUCAUUUUCAAUAUGCUAUGUUCUGUCUUCUUGUCUUGAUGUGUUUUGGGGACAAGGUUGAGGAAGCUGAGAUAAGAAAAAUUGAAAGUAUACAGCGUAGGUUGCUUCUAGGUUUCCGGCGAUUCAAUAUACUCAGUUUCUUUCCUAGAAUUGGAAAGGUUAUUUUUAGGAAUCGCUGGAAGGAACUUAUUGAGCUAAGACAAGAGCAAGAGAAUAUCUUUGUUCCUUUGAUUGAAGCUCGAAGCAGGGCUAAAGAACGAAAGAGUGAGUUGGAGGAUGAAUUAGUGGUGGCUUAUGUGGAUACGCUGUUGAAUUUGGAAUUGCCACAGGAAAAAAGGAACCUCAAUAAUGAAGAAAUGGUUAGCCUCUGCAGUGAAUUCCUAACCGCAGGAACUGAUACGACGUCCACUGCCUUACAGUGGGUUAUGGCCAAUUUGGUCAAGAACCCUUUCAUUCAGGAAAAACUAUAUCAAGAAAUUGCAAGUGUAGUGGGAGAAAAAGAGCAAAACAAGUUGACAGAAGAGGAGGUGGUGAAGGAGGAAGAUUUGCAGAAAAUGCCCUACUUGAAAGCAGUGAUAUUAGAAGGUCUAAGGAGGCACCCUCCUGGUCACUUUGUGCUGCCACACACGGUGACCGAGGAAGUAGAACUGAACGGCUACGUCGUCCCAAAGAAUGCCACCAUCAAUUUCAUGGUUGCUGAUAUGGGUUUAGACCCAAAGGUAUGGGAGGAUCCCUUGGAAUUUAGGCCAGAGAGGUUCGUAGUGGAAGGAUCGGAUAAGGAAGGGUUUGAUAUAACAGGAAGUAGGGAGAUCAAGAUGAUGCCAUUCGGCGCAGGGAGGAGAAUAUGUCCUGGCCUUGCUUUGGCUCUGCUUCACUUAGAAUACUUCGUGGCUAAUUUGGUUUGGCAUUUUCAAUGGAAGGCUGUGGAAGGAGAUGAUGUUGAUCUCUCUGAGAAGCUAGAAUUCACCGUUGUGAUGAAGAAUCCAUUAAGAGCUCGUAUCUGCCCCAGAGUUAACUCUGUUUGAGUUUGGUAAUUGGUUCUUUCUAUUUGCAUACUUCUCUGUUGUUGAUGAUUAAUGCCUUGCUGCAAUAUCAGCGUAGUAGUUGGUACUGAAUAGACCCAAAAGUCAAAACUGGCUGUUUCAUGCUUAUAUCUUAGAUGUCCAUUUGGCUGAUAGUUGUUCGAUUUAUCAAACCCUGUAUCUUGUCGGUAAAGAAGUGAUUGUUGUUUACUAGAACUAUACUAUGCCCUUAUACCAAUAAAAAAUUAUACUAUGCCCUUA